GUUAACUUUACCGUCUGUAAAUUCCAUAAAAUUAAAACCUUUUUUAAUUUGUUUCAGUGGGCUGACACCGAAGAUUUCGGCAAGAAAAAAGAAAUUAGAUCGCAUAUGUACAAACUAAGAGAGCAACGUUUAAAAGAAUUUUACAAUAGUGGAGAAGUUUCAGAAUCGAAAACUACUAAAACUUCGACAGUCUCGAAAAGUUCUACUCAUGCCGACUCGCUGAUUGACCAGAGUUUCAACAGUCUAAAAAGCAAAGAAGUCAGAGACUCAGAGUCUCCUACAAGAGAAAUACAUUAUAAACUACCAGAUAAUAAUGAAUGGCAGACUUCAUCUAACAAAGAAAUCAGCAAAGACGGCAAAACUAAAAUCUGUCAAACUGUAGCAGCUGUGCAAGGCUCACAAAAAAUCGAAGGAGGUCAAAUGGAUUUUAAAGCUAGAAGUGAACAAACAUCGAGUGUUUACGAAGAUGCAAAUACAAAAGCUGUAUCAAACAAAUUUCAAACUUCUGAGUCUGCCGCAUCACAUUCGAUAUCAACGAAACAAAUCCCCACAGAACAAAUCGAAUUACCAACGAAUCUGCAAGGAGCCAAAAUAACUCGAGAAACUAAAACGUUACCAGAUGGCUCUAUAGUCACAACAACAAGAUAUGACACUGAAAGUGGUGCUUCCGAAACUUGUGUCCAAAAUGCUAAAGUUAAAACUUCCCAAAGUUCAUCUUCGUCCCGCCUAGUAAAUCAAAGUCAAUUUACAUCUGAAUCGGGUAGCUUCCAAGAUGUUACUAAAGUUAAAAGUUUACCAGAACAAUCUGUUGUAUCUACAUAUGACACCGUAACAGGUUCUAAUCUGAAUACUACGCAAACUAGUCAACAAAGAACAGCACAAACUUCCUCUUCUGAUCGAAAAGUUAGUGAAAAAGAUACAACUUACAUUUCAUCUGAUUUACCAGCCAACAUACAAGGAGUAACAAAAGUUACUCGCGAAACUAAAACUUUGCCAGAUGGAACAAUAGUCAGAACCACCAGAUAUGAUACAACCGGUGCCACUUCACAUUCAGAAAUGAAAUCUAAUGUGAAAGUUUCAAAAGAACAUACUUCGGCUAUAAAUUCUUCUUCAAGACAAAACCAGCAAGAAAUUAUUAAUGAAUAUGGGACUCUUAGAGACAGUCAACAAAAUUACAGGCAGCAAAAUAUGGAUAUAAAAAAUUAUGACAACAGCUUUAGAACUGACGAAAGUAUUAGAAAAGACCACUCUAAUGAAAACAGAAGUUCUGUGAUGUCAACCGAUGAAAAAAUGCAUAAUGUUGACCAAAGUACCUCAAAAGUUACUAAAGAACAUCACAUGAAAGAAAAUAUUGUCAAUAAAACAUUCGUACAGGAAACUGAUGGUAAUAAAAUGUCGCAACUAAUUAGUACUUCAGAAAAACAACCAGUUGUUAAUUACGAAUCCAUUACAAAUGUAAGUAACAUUAACAGGCAUAAGGACUAUGUCACUGGAAAAACAAAUGCAGAUAACUUUGAGUCUAAUCAAAAAUCUACCACGAGAACUUUAGAAACGACUGAGUUUCCUUCUCAAAAGAAAUCUCCUAUGGAAGACACUUUUAAAACCACAACAGAUGAAAUAGUAACCAACAUUACUACCCACAAAGGAACUACAUCUGAAAAAAUUCGAACAGACAACUUUGUCAACACCGAACGACAACAAGAACAUAUUACUAGAGACAAGAAAAAUGAAGAUGUUUCAUAUUCAAAACUAUCAGAUAAACCUACUAGCACACAACCCCGAGGAAGAAGUCCUACCAGGGUUCCAAAAUCUGAAUAUCAACCAAGUAAACCUUCAGCAGGUCAAUACGACACGACCUACAAAACUGACUAUACUAGCAAGAAAAUUAGUGUUGAAGUAAGCCCCACUCACGAUGCUUUUGCUCGUUCUUUAAGAUCCGUUACUCCUGAGAGAAUUCACAGACGUGAUAGCCACAGAACAAGUAACUCAUCUCUUCCAGAAAAAAUGAGACACCCUUCCAGAUAUUCCCCAGAGCGUCAUCCAAAAGAUAGAAGUGUCAGUCCAACAAAAUCAGAUAGGUAUUCUAGUACUGAUACAUAUAUUCAUGGCAAAAAUAAAUAUGAUCAAAGAAGAAGAAGUCCAUCACCAAAAAGAAAAUCUAAUACAUUAGGAAGAACUACCAGUAAUGAAACUAUUACCAUUUCUACGACAGCAAAAUUUGAUGUUACCAAUAAAAAAGCAGUUACAAGAAAAAGCAAUACCGAUAUAAAUACAAAAUCAAGAUCUCCCUCGCCUACUAAAUUUAAAGAUUACUUACGCAGAAGCGGUAAUAUAAUAACAGACCUAGAUGAUGACGUUACUAUAACCACUACCACUAUCAGUAAGAAAACUACAACUGAAUCUCGACCUUCUAGCUUAGAGUUGACUAAAAAGUCAAGAAAAAUAACUGAUCGAUCACCUUCAUCACCCUUGGCUGACGCAGUUUCUCCUAAAAAGUCACCUACUAAAGAAGUAAGAAGAAGCAGCAGCUUUAGAUCACCUACACUAGACAGUCCAAACGAACCUCUACGUAGUAACUUAAAGUCACCUACAAAAGAAAGUCCUUCAAAAUGUCCCCCUGGAGAUAGACCGUUAAAGAGAACUGAUACCUACGAAGAAAGAUGCAGACAAAUAUUAGGUAUAACUGAGGUUUCCGAUAAAAGAAAGAGUAGUUUGGAGAGAUCUUUGAGUAAAAGAGGUUCUUUUAGACGAAAUAUUUCUUCAUCAAAUGUUGAUACUACAGUGAAAACAUCUGAAACAAUUCAAAGUCCAACUAGAACUGAAAAGGAACCAUUAAAAAAUUCUACUUCUACAAAGGUUAUCGAUACUAAGAAAAUCACGACAACUGAUGAAUCACUAACAAUAAGUGACAAAAGAAAGCCAUCUUCCAGACCUACUUCAAAGGAUUUUAGCUCUGACGUUACGUUGGAAACCGUAAUUACUCAAAAAACUACUGUCGAAGAUAAACCUAAUAAAAAAUCUCCUAUAACUGAAUUUCCAUCACAAAGAAGAUCUCCAUCAAGAGAAUCACAGAAAACUGUAUUACAUACUGACGAGAUUAUAACUAAAACUACUUCUCAAAAAAGAACAACUACAGAUGAUCUAGUAACAACAAAGAGAUCAUCAGUAACUACUCAUCCAGAUUCUCCAACGCUAACAGUAAGCGACAAAAGAAAGCCAUCUUCCAGACCUACUUCAAAGGAUUUUAGCUCUGACGUUACCUUGGAAACCGUAAUUACUCAAAAAACUACUGUCGAAGAUAAACCUAAUAAAAAAUCUCCUAUAACUGAAUUUCCAUCACAAAGAAGAUCUCCAUCAAGAGAAUCACAGAAAACUGUAUUACAUACUGAUGAGAAUACAACUAAAACUACUUCUCAAGAAAGAACAAUUACAGAUGAUCGAGUAACAACAAAGAGACCGUCAGUUACUACUUAUCCAGAUUCUCCAACGCGUACUAGAUCUCCAGGUAAAGAAGUUCCAAAAACCACUACUGGGUUAAAUAAACUAUCGACGACUGAAUUUAUUUCACAAGAAAAAAUCAGCACUUCAGAUAAUUUUAUAAAACAUCAAGAAACUCUCAAAGCAAAUUCUGGUCGUCCCAUAGACGACAAACCGUCAACAAAACAACCAGGAAUUACAGAGUUUCCUUCUCAAAAAAGAACUCCUUCUAAGGAAAGUUUAAAAAUCAGCAAAAAUAAAACUGUUUCGAUUGAGGACUUAGCUUUCCAAGAAAUUUCCACAUCCACGAGACCUAAAAUAACUGAAUGUUCUUCACAGACGACGUCUUCUUCUAGAGAAACUCUGAAAUCCCAAAAUGAUAAGAAUGUGUCCAAUAAUGAUAUUGUUACAGAAGAAAUAAUUUGUACUAAACAAGACACAACAGAGGAAUACGACGCUACAAAGAAACUAUCGAAAUCAAGGCCUACGAAAAACCAACCUGGCAUUACUGAGUUCCCUUCUCAAAAAAGAUCACCCUCGAAAGAAAUAAGAACUAAGGCGGACAAAACUGUUUUAGUUGAAGAGAAAGUUACAUCGGAAACUACAAACCGAAUUCAAGAUACAACAGACUUUUCAAAAUCAACAGUCCUUUCUACUGAUAUUCAUAAGAAAAAGGGACCUUCAAUAAGUGAAUUCCCUUCGCAAAUUAGACAUUCGAAGGACAAAUCACAAACCAGUUUAGAUCAAAAACAAGAAACUCCUAAAUUUAUUUCUAAAGAAAAAAUUAAUAAGAUUGAUUUAGUUUCUAGUACCGAAGAUAUAACGAAUGAAUUUGAAAUUGUUGCAGUUACUAAAACCAAAGCGGUACCUAAGGAUAAAAAACUUUUAGAGGAACCACUUAGUGAAUUUUCUCCUCAAUCUAAGUCACCAAACAAGACUGAUACCGUCAAAAUUGAUAAGGAGGUUACCAUUACCGAUACAGAGGUAGUUGUUGUAUCAAAACCAAAAGGGAGUCGACCAUCUCCUUCUAUUGAGCAACCCAAACAAAAAAAACCGUCAAUAUCGGAAUUUCCGUCGCAAACUAAAUCUCAUACAAAAGAAAAACAACACCCUGUUAAAGAUACAACUACAGUAACUACAAAUAAAUUUAUUACACAAGAAAAAUUAGCUACAGAUGAAGUCACCUUCAACACUGAAGAAAUAAUAAGUAAAUAUGUUAAUAAUAAUGUUAAAAAAGCUUCAAAAUACGUUUGUAAAGGUGAACAACCUACAAAUAAAACACCUGUAUCGGAAUAUCCCAACCAAACCAAAGUUACUUCAAGAGAAACUACAAAUACAGAAAAAGUUGAUACAGAAGAUAUAACAGAUAUUAUUGACGAUCUUAUAAUUACAGAUAUAAACGGCGAUAUUCCAGAAACAACAUCUGCUAAACAAAAGAAACGUGGUUCAACUAUAAAUGAGUUUCCUUCACAAACGAAACCUAAACAAAAUGUAAAUAAUACAACUGAUUUACUAAAAGAAGUUGUGGUAACAGAUGAAUUUGAAAUCAAUAUUUCUAAAUCAGAUAAAAACCCUACAGGAAAAACACCUAUUACACAAUUUCCUUCACAAAUUAAGAAAGAACCAGUAACUAAACAAACAGUUAAUAAAAAUAUUCCACAGAAGAAAAUUAUUCCCAAAGAAAGGCCACAAAUUACAGAGUUUCCAUCUCAAAUAAGAAGAGAUAAAAAAUUAACUAAUAAGGAACCAACUCUUACUGCAAAACAUGUGGAGCCAAUAAGUUAUGAAGGUAGAGUUCCUGUGGAAGAACCACUUUUUGUCAAAAAACAUAUAAAUACCGAUUGUCCAGAGGAUGAGCAUAAUAAACACCACAUUGUUAAAAAAGUUUUGCCAAGUACUGCUCCAAAAAAACUUCAAAAGCAAUUUAGCGUAGAUAAACCAGACAAAAAAUCAGAAACACCUAUAGGUAAGAAACCACUAAAUGGAAUAACUGAAUAUAGACAUCAAUAUUCAAGCCCUAAAUCUACCCCAACACCAAAAACUAAACCGUCCAAAUCAGAAGAACCGGAGAAAGUAUUCAAACCUUCAAAUAAAAUAAAUACAUCACCCUCUAAACCUUCAACCAAACCAAUUAAUGGUAUAGGCACAACAAAAGUGUUUGUGACUUCAGUGAAAAAAACUGAUCAACCGAUUUCUGAAACUAUAAUCAGGAAAACCUGCAAAUCAACUCUAUUAAAGGAAAACGAAAGUCCCGAAAAAUCCAAAAAGAUACCAACUCGAGUUACUUCUACUAGAGGUGUUACACCAACGACAAGGCCAAAGUCAUCUCAACCGGAUCAAGUUGUAAAUAAACAUUUAGUGACCACAACUAUAACUUUAAAGAAUGGUCAUCAACCUAAAAGUUCCAAAACAAAAGAACAUUUAUCUAAAUCAGCAAACAUCACAAACUAUGAAAAGAAAAUUAUUGACAUAAAACAAAGAAAAAACUUAAACGAGAUUUCUACGGAAACCGAUGAAGAAUCAGUUGUUGAAGAAAUGACAGAAAACAUUGAUGUAACAAGAAAGAACGUCGCAAAACUCAACAAAAAACUUGACAAGAAGUGCAUAACAACGAAAACAGUUAUUAUAAAUAAUAACAAUACUCAGCCAAGAGAGAUUAUCGUCGAUUUACAAAGAUCUACGUCUUCAAGAGAACCUACACCAGACAUAAUUUGUCCUGUACCAUUUUCCAGAAAAAACGGAGAAUCCGAAUUACCAAGAUACCCCGAUGAAAUCGUUGAGCCAGAUGAUGACAGUAUAAAAAGAAAACCAAAAAGAUUAUCUGAUAUUCCUCUCAUUGAAUACGAAGAUACAACCAAUUUCAGUAGAAUCACUGAAAUUGUUGAUUCACAUGUUAUCACAGAAAGGGACAAAGUAGACCACACAGAUGAAAGUCUGUUAAGCGUUAACAGAAAAAUUAAUUUAUUUUCAGAUACAUCAGAUAAAUUAACUAAAGAUACCAAAAAACCUUCGGGUCCAGCACCAAAAGUAGAAAGACCUAAAUUAAAUGUUACUAAAGAUUUGGAAUCUGACGAAUGUCUUUUAAGUGUUUCUGAAAAAGUAAACAAAUUUGUUAAUACUGCUGAACAGUUUAUGAAUGUUCAUGAGUUAUCAGAACGUCCAAAGAGUCCAAGAUGUAAGUACAGCGAUGUUAAAACUGCUACUAAAACAUUCAUUAAUAAAGAGCAGAAAACUACAGAAAAACAAAACACUAGAAAAAUAUCACUAGAAAAUUUAGAUAUUGAUACUAAGAACAUCACUGAGAGAAAAUCUAGUAGGACAGCAAGUCCUGACUCAGUUACUCAUCGACGACGAUCUCCAAGUCCCAAAUCUGAAAAGUAUCCUAACUAUAAUACAAUCACCAAAAAAGUUUCAUUAGAAAUUUUGGAUUCUAAAACGCCUACAAAACCUCAAGAACGUCCUCGCGCUAAAACACCAGACCGUAAUUCUCCUACCAGAAAUGAUUUUACAUCAAAACAUGGAAGCACAUUUAAAGAAUUUAGAGGAACAGAUAUUUCGACUACAGUUAGAAGAACAUCUGAAUCAAAAUCUCCAAGAAAUGUUUCUCCCGAACCUGGUAAGCAAACAACUCCUGAUAGACGACCCUCGAACGAAUAUUCGAGCAUUAAAGAUCUAAAAACACAAGACCAUUUAGCUAGGAGAGAUAGUUACCCAGAACCAAGUACUCCAAAAACAAGUAGAAAGAAACCAAUAGAAGAUAAAAGAACAAUAUUAAGCUCAACAGGUAGGCUCAGAAGUACAGAAAGCAUUAAGAAAGCUCGAGCACUCUUUGAAAACAUUUCCAAAGAGCAACAAAUUGUUAGACCCUCCAGCAGAACUCCGGAGCAUUAUACGUUACCUCUGAAUAGAAGUCCAAGACCAUACAGUCCACAUAGAGAUAAACCAGCUACUUCUCGAGAUCAUUCGUAUGAUGUUCACUCUGUAAAAGGUGAAGUUCCCCAUUAUAUGUUACCUUUAGAUAGGAGGCCCGAUAGUCCACAUGGAGAAAAUGUAGAUACUAUUCACGAUGAUUCUCAUAAUAUAUCUGAUGUUUACGUUGAAGGGGAAAUUCCUCAUUAUAUGUUACCCUUAGAUAGGAGACCACAUAGUCCACAUGAAGAAGAUAUAGAUCAUUCUUCACCUGAUAUUCCGGAUGUUCACUAUGAAAAGGGGGACAUUCCUCAUUAUAUGUUACCUUUAGAUAGAAGACCACAUAGUCCACAUAGAGAAGACAUAGAUCAUUCUUCACCUGAUAUUCACUAUGAAAAGGGGGACACUCCCCAUUAUAUGUUACCACUAGAUCGAAGUAUACCACAUAGUCCACAUAGAGAAAAUUCAGAACAUUCUCUACAUAUCCACCAUGAAAAAGGUGAGAUUCCUCAUUAUAUGUUACCUCUAGACCGAAGUACGCAAGAUAAUCCUCAUAGAGAAAAUAUAAAUCAUUCUUCAUCUGAUAUUCACUAUGAAAAAGGCGACAUCCCCCAUUAUAUGCUACCUAUAGAUCGAAGUAUGCCACAUAGUCCACAUAGAGAAAAUUCAGAACAUUCUCUACAUAUCCACCAUGAAAAAGGUGAGACUCCUCAUUAUAUGUUACCUCUAGACCGAAGUACGCAAGAUAGUCCGCAUAGAGAAAAUAUAGAUCAUUCUUCAUCUGAUAUUCACUAUGAAAAAGGCGACACCCCCCAUUAUAUGCUACCUCUAGAUCGAAGUUUGCCACAUAGCCCACAUAGAGAACAUUCAGAACAUUCUCUACAUAUCCACCAUGAAAGAGGCGAGUCUCCUCAUUACAUGUUACCUCUAGACCGAAGUUCACAACCUAGUCCACAUAGAGACAAUAAAUAUCAUUCUUCAUCUGAUAUUCACUAUGAAACAGGGGACACUCCCCAUUAUAUGUUACCUCUAGAUCGAAGUAUGCCGCAUAGUCCACAUAGAGAAAAUUCAGAACAUUCUCUACAUAUCCACCAUGAAAAAGGCGAGACUCCUCAUUAUAUGUUACCUCUAGACCGAACUACGUCACACAGUCCGAAUAGAGAAAAUAUAUCAUCUACUCAUGAUCUUUCUUCAUAUAAUACUGCAGAAAUUCACUCUGAAAAGGGGGACAUUCCUCAUUAUAUGUUACCUCUAGACCGAACUAUGCCACAUAGUCCACAUAAAGAAAAUCUAACUACCACUGAGAAUGAAUCUAGAACAACCAAGUUUGGAGUUACCCUAAGGAAAACAUCAAAUUCUACUAGCCCUACCACUAGUUCUCCUGGAAGUAUUAUUACAAAAACAUCUACUGAAUGUAGAGUUGGAAAUAUUGAAACUUUGACAGAGGAAAAAAUUCAAGAAAUAUUUGAAAUAGAAAUUUUAGAAGAACUGCUAGAAAAAGUUACCAGUUACGAAAUUCGAAGAAUCAUCAGAACUCAAAUUCGAUUAGUAAAGAAAUUAAUAUCAGAGAAUCGUUUAACGAUCUAUAUACAAGAACACAGACGCUCAAAAACAAAUAAAGAACAUUUAGAAUCUACUUCUCAAAAAUCUGAAUACCAGUCCACUUAUUCUUACAGCGAAAGACGUACAUCUUCAGAUACCACUACAAAAGACUCAAGAAAACAAAGUCCAGUAAGAGAAAGAAGUCCUCAAAGAACCUCUAGUCCGCUCAAAAAACCGAGCGCCGAUGAAACGACAUUAAGAAGUACGUAUACAAUUAGAAAAACAUCUAUUCCAAAAGAAAAUGUUGAAAAGACUGAAGCAAUUAAAACAGAAAGAACUAAAACAGAUAGAACUACAACAGACAAAACUACAACAGACAGAACUGCAACUUACAAAAAAGUGACAGAAACAAGGAAACAAAGUCCUCCUCGCCCUUCAAGCCCAAUCAGGAAGCUCCAUCCUGAUGAAACAAUUAUAAGAAGUACAUAUACAGUAAGAAAGAGUUCUAUAGAUAAAACUCCCGAAGUAGUAAGUAAAAAGACUGAAGAAAUUCGUAAAUCUAGUCCAGAGAGGACUAACAAAACUAAAACCGAUCAAAUCAGAAAAACGAGCACAGACAGAACGACUUACACUACAACAGAAAGAAGUACGCAACAGUCACAAUCAAUUUCUACCAAACAAACCAAAGUAAGUUCUGAGAAAAGUCCAACAAGAAAAUCGGAGCCAAGAAGACCGAGUCCGGAUAGAAAACCAGAUUCCAAGAGUACCUAUUCAGUUUUAAAGAAAACUGAAAUCAACAAGAAAAAAGUCGAUGAUUCUAAACCCGAAUGGGUAACACAAAGAAAUUUGAAAAAAAUCACACCUUCGUCUGCAAAUAAUAAAGUUAGAACGACUAGUAGUAAGACAGUGAAACAGGAAAAAAUUGUUUCUUCCAGCAGCUGUCAACCAACUGAUUUAAUUACAUCUAGCUAUGGAGUGGGUCCAACUGAUGAAAAUGGUACUCCUUUGUUCGGAUUAAAAGCUUUGAGGACGCAACAUAACAAUAACAACACAACUAAAGUUCAAGGCACCGUAAUUCAAAGUCAAUAUUAUUCCGAAAAUGGACAAGAACCUGUGGGACAAAUUAGCGUUACGAAAUAUUCUACCGAUCCGAAGGACCUGAGCACCAACGAACAAAUCGAAAAUAACAAUUUUAUAACAAGCGUAACAACGACACAGAAGUUUGGAUAUGAAGAUACUCCUUCAUUAGAUGCUCUAACCAGUAGCAGAAUGAAUACCCAAAUUGAGGAUUCUGUAGUUAGCAGCGACAGAACAUCAACUUUCAAAAGAAAAAAUUCAGUAAAAGAGCUUUCGCAAAAAUUUAUUGAUUCCACAGUUGAUACUUUGACAAAUGAAAGGCAAACGUCCUACCCAAAGGCAGGUCUAAUUUUGCGAACUUCAAGUUUCAAAGAUUCAAAAGGUGCCUCUACUGAAGAAGAUACUUCAAAAGGAACAAUAACAAGUACUAAAACUACGAAACAAACCACUACAACGAAGAGUGCAAGUGGUGGUACAUUUUUAAGUAACAAAUCUACCGUUUCUGGAGUACAAGACGUUAUAUCACGAAUGAAGACUGAAGAAUACCAAGAAGGGGAAAGUGCCGAGGACACUGAAGCUAGAAACCUGUUGAACAAAUUUAUAGGAUCUCAAGUUUUGCUGUCGGGAAUGGAAAAUCGAGAUACCAGCACCAGUAGCUCCAAAAGAACAGCAAAAUGUACCGAAGUUGUACCGGCGAGUACUACCUCCACAAGAAAGACAAUUAAAAUUACAAAAACAAUCACGGAGGGAGGAAAAACAACAACGAAAACUUUAGUUUUCCAAAGUCCUCUUACAGAAGAAGAAUUGGACAAUAUCUGGGACGAACAGACGUUACGUCUUUUGCUCGAACAAAGCACUGCAUACGAAGAACGUCGUAUUAUCAGGAACAGGCUGAAGAAAAUUAUGGCGGAACAAGAAGCCUGCGCAGAACUGGUAGAAAAGGCAAGCCAGGAACAAAACACUGGAAAAAUAGAGGAAACAGUAAGUGUUGAAAAAUCCACAACAGAAAGUCCAGUGACAACUCAAACACAAGUGACAAAAGUUACCACUCAACAACAGAUCACCAAAAAACCUCUGUCACCUUUUGCCAAAUUUCGUCAACUGGACAAACAAAACAGUCUCAAUACUCCUCCAAGAACGUUCAACUAGACAACUUCUCAAGCAGCUGGGCGGACGGACUUGCAUUUUGCGCCCUCAUCCACCAUUUCCUACCAGACGCUUUCGACUAUCAUGCCUUGACGCCAAAAGACAGAAGACACAACUUUGAACUUGCUUUCAGAGUUGCCAGUGAAAAGGCUGAUAUUUUUCCUCUCCUUGACGUUGAAGACAUGAUGGCAUUACGAAGGCCUGAUUGGAAAUGUGUAUUCACCUACGUACAGUCAAUUCACAGACGCUUCAAAAAUGAAGAAAUAUAAUUUUUUGUAUUUGCCUAUUUUCGUGUAUGUGCUUGUACAAAUGUAGAUAAAUUAGAGGUUACCAUCGUAAAUAUAUCUGUGAAAUUAAGUAAACGGUAGCCAUCUUUAAGAAAGUAGCAUUAGUUGAACUGCUUAAAGUUUUUUACUUCUUAACUUGCUCUGUGAUUUUUCAGAAGCAUUUCGGAGAUAUAAUCUCUUUUUUAUUUAUUAAAAAGUGAUAUUUCUUUUACAAUUUUUUACUUUCAUCUGCCCAGCUGUUUUUAUAUUUCUAUAAGUAUAAGUUUAUACACAGCAUUUAAUUAUAUAUCGCUUAUUUAUUUACUUACAACUUUUUUUAUUCAUUAAAAGGGAUGUUGCUUACGUUAUGUUGUUGCUAACAAACAUCGACAAAUGUUUGAAAAUACGUUGUAACAAUUUUUAUUUGAAAUACUUUUUUACAGUUGAUUCUUACUGUCUUGCCUGCUACAUAAUAACCAUGUUUGUUAAGCACCUUUAUAUUAGUUUAAGACUAUUUAUAUAUCAAAAGUUAACUAAUAAUAAACAUAUAAAUAA